AUGCCUUUCACAGGAGUGGUACUCAUCAUUGGAGCCGGGCCCCGUAUUGGAAGGUCCGUCGCAUCUAGGUUCGCAAGUAAUGGCUACAAGGUCGCGUUAGCCGACCUCUCUGGUCCCGAUUCUGUUCCAUCAAUAUUCCAAACUGCAGGAAAAGCAUUUAGCGUUCCCAAUAUCGUCGUUUUUAACGGGGCUAACCGUCUCAUAACUCCUCACGACGACCCUCUCCUCGCACCCUUGGGAACGAUCAAUACUGCUCGCACAGUCGGUUUCGAUAGUGCCUAUAUCGCCGCUCAGCAGGCUUUACAAGGUUUCAGAAUGCUUCCCACUUCAACACCCACAGCGUUUAUAUAUACUGGUAACACAUUGAACCAGAUCGCUAUCCCAGGCGUGAUGCCCUUUGCACUUGGGAAAGUGGCUGCAGCGAUGCUUGUAGAAUAUGCCGCCAACGUAUAUGGUAAAGAUAGUUAUAGUCAGGAGGUGUAUUUAUUGUAUCUGACUUGUGUGUCCAAGUUUUACUUCGUUGAUGAGCGCAAACCCGAUGGACGACCAGCUGGUUUGCAGAUCGAUGGUGAUGCGCAUGCGGAUAUGUUUUGGACAUUAGCUCAUGAGCCCAAACAGUCCAAGUGGUUGGUUACCUUUACAAAGGAUGGGGGGUGA